CUCAAGAAAACACAAACCAAAACCUUUCUUUGAAAAGAAAAGGAAGGGACAAACAGUACACCCUUGUUAGUAGGCCAGUUGGGUGUUGAAGCGUUCCGAGGGCUCAAUUUUGCGCAGUCAAAGCCAAGCCAGAUUUAGAAGCCUCUCACCCCCUGAAAACUCUGUCCAUGAUCCUAGCCUACACUCGCGCAUCAAGCUUAUUUAACACCUUCAGUGGCCGGGUCCCUCUGUCACACACCUUCUUGGCCGGCCGCCGGCAGCUGAGACGACGAGUUCCUGAAGAAGAUGGCGAGCCGCCGGGCAUUGCUCCUCCUCGCCGCUGCCGCCAUCCUCUGCGUCUGCGCCGCCCAGUGCCGCCUCGCCCACGCAUGGAAGAGGUCCUACGUGGUGUACCUCGGAGCGCAUCCCUACGGCCGCGACGCGCCGCUGGAGGAGCACGAGCGUGCCACUGAGUCGCACCAUGAGCUCCUGGGAUCGGUUCUUGGGAGCAAGCAGCUGGCCAAGGACGCGAUAUUCUACUCCUACACGAAGAACAUUAACGGCUUCGCGGCGUAUCUGGACGAGGAGGUAGCAGCCGAGAUGGCAAAGCACCCCGACGUGGUGACGGUGAUGCCGAGCAAGAUGCUGAAGCUGCACACGACGAGGUCAUGGGACUUCAUGGACAUGGAGAAGGACGGCCAGGUCCUCCCGGACUCCAUCUGGAAGCACGCCAACUUUGGCCAGAACGUCAUCAUCGCCAACCUCGACAGCGGCGUGUGGCCGGAGUCGAGCAGCUUCAGCGACGAGGGCAUGGCGGAGGUGCCCAAGCGCUGGCGUGGCUCGUGCCCCGGCUCGGCCAAGUACGCCGUGCCGUGCAACCGGAAGCUGAUCGGCGCCAGGUACUUCAACAAGGACAUGCUGCUGUCGAACCCGGCCGCCGUGGACGGCAACUGGGCGCGCGACACGGAGGGCCACGGCACCCACACGCUGUCCACGGCGGGCGGCCGCUUCGUGCCGCGCGCCAGCCUCUUCGGCUACGCCAACGGCACCGCCAAGGGCGGCGCGCCACGGGCCCGCGUGGCCGCAUACAAGGUGUGCUGGGCCGGCGAGUGCGCCACGGCCGACGUGCUGGCGGGCUUCGAGUCCGCGGUCCACGACGGCGCCGACGUCAUCUCCGUGUCCUUCGGCCAGGAAGCGCCGCUCGCCGACACCAAGUCCUUCUUCCACGAGCCCGUCACGCUGGGCUCCCUCCACGCCGCCAUCCAUGGCGUCUCCGUGGUGUGCUCCGCGGGGAACUCCGGGCCAUUCGACGACACCGUCGUUAAUGGAGCCCCCUGGGUCACCACCGUGGCGGCGAGCACCGUCGACAGGGACUUCCCCAACCAGAUCACCCUCGGCAACAACAUCCACAUGAAAGGGAUGAGCCUCGAGUCGUCCGACCUCCAUUCGAACAAGCUCUUCCCCAUGGUGAACGCCAGCGGCGCCGCGCUGCCCAACUGCAGCGCGGAGCUGGCGUCCAACUGCGCCAUGGGCUGCCUCGAUCCGCCCAAGGUGAAAGGGAAGAUCGUGGUGUGCGUCCGGGGCGGGGACAUCCCGAGGGUGAUGAAAGGGAUGGCCGUGCUGAGCGCGGGCGGCGCCGGGAUGAUCCUGGCCAACGGCAAGAUGGACGGCGACGAUGUCGAGGCCGACCCGCACGUGCUCCCGGCCACCAUGAUCACCUACAGCGAGGCUGUGUCGCUCUACAAGUACAUGGCGUCCUCGGCGUACCCCGUGGCCAACAUCUCGCCGUCCAAGACGGAGCUGGGCGUGAAGAACUCGCCGUCCAUGGCGGCCUUCUCCUCCCGCGGGCCCAGCGGGACGCUGCCCUUCGUGCUGAAGCCGGACAUCGCCGCGCCCGGGGUGGACAUCCUGGCGGCGUUCACCGAGUACGUGAGCCCGACGGAGGUGGCCGCUGACAAGCGCCGGUCGGAGUACGCCAUCCUGUCGGGGACGUCCAUGGCGUGCCCGCACGUGUCCGGCGUCAUCGGGCUCCUCAAGGCGGCGCGCCCCGAGUGGAGCCCUGCCGCGAUGCGGUCGGCCAUCAUGACCACGGCGCGCACGCAGGACAACACGGGCGCGCCGAUGCGGGACAGCAACGGGAAGGAGGCCACGGCGUUCGCCUACGGCGCCGGCAACGUGCACCCGAACCGCGCCGUCGACCCGGGCCUCGUCUACGACAUCACCCCCGACGAGUACUUCACCUUCCUCUGCGCGCUCGGGUUCACCACGAAAGACCUCAGCCGGCUCAGCGGCGGCAAGUUCUCGUGCCCGGCCAAGCCGCCGCCCAUGGAGGACCUCAACUACCCGUCCAUCGUGGUGCCGGCGCUUCGCCACAACAUGACGCUCACGCGCCGGCUGAAGAACGUCGGCCGCCCCGGGACGUACCGCGCGUCGUGGCGAGCGCCGUUCGGGAUCAACAUGACCGUGGACCCCAAGGUGCUGGUGUUCGAGAAGGCCGGCGAGGAGAAGGAGUUCAAGGUGAACAUAGCGUCACAGAAGGACAAGCUCGGCAGGGGAUACGUGUUCGGGAAGCUCGUCUGGUCGGAUGGGAUCCACUAUGUCAGGAGCCCCGUCGUGGUCAACGCCCUGGGCUGACUUUUGACAUUCUUGACGGUGUUUAGGCCAAGGGAAGGAAGAGAUCAGUGUUUAGGAUUUGAUUUUGGAGAUAGUUUUUUUUUUUGUGAACCAUAAUGAGAUAGUAGUAGGUUUUAGCCGUCACGGACUCAUGAUUGUAAUAAAAGAUGAACUUCUUGAUGUUCUUGAGUGUAAAUAAAGUUACAGAGUUUUCUUCGUUAAAAA